GAUUGGCUGCGGUCGGCUCGUUUCCGGUGGAGCUGCCGCGGAGCCGCUAUCGCGGAGUGGAGUGAGGCUGCGAGCUGAGCCGCGAGGACGCCCGGUACCCUGGCAGCCUCGCCCUGUCCAAGUCCUACCCGCGCCGCCGCCCGUCCGCAGAGAACCAUGGCGUCUGGUAGUAAUGCCACCAGUGAGGAAGAGCGGAGUCUCCGGGAAUGCGAGCUCUAUGUGCAGAAGCACAACAUUCAGGCCCUGCUGAAGGACUCUAUCGUGCAGUUGUGCACGGCUCGACCCGAGAGACCCAUGGCAUUCCUUCGGGAAUACUUUGAGAGGCUGGAGAAGGAGGAGGCAAAACAGAUUCAGAAUCUACAGAAAACUGGUACUCGUACUGACUCAAGGGAGGAUGAGAUCUCUCCUCCUCCCCCCAACCCAGUGGUCAAGGGCCGUCGGCGACGUGGUGCUAUCAGUGCUGAAGUUUACACAGAGGAAGAUGCUGCGUCCUAUGUUAGAAAGGUUAUACCAAAAGACUAUAAGACAAUGGCUGCUUUAGCCAAAGCCAUCGAAAAGAACGUGUUAUUUUCACACCUUGAUGACAAUGAGAGAAGUGACAUUUUUGAUGCUAUGUUUCCAGUCUCCUUUAUUGCUGGAGAGACAGUUAUUCAGCAAGGUGAUGAAGGGGAUAACUUCUAUGUGAUUGAUCAAGGAGAAAUGGAUGUCUAUGUCAAUAAUGAAUGGGCAACCAGCGUUGGGGAAGGAGGGAGCUUCGGAGAGUUGGCUUUGAUUUAUGGAACACCUAGAGCAGCCACUGUCAAAGCAAAGACAAAUGUGAAACUGUGGGGCAUCGACCGAGACAGCUACCGAAGAAUCCUCAUGGGAAGCACUCUGAGAAAGAGGAAGAUGUAUGAAGAAUUCCUAAGUAAAGUGUCUAUUUUAGAGUCUCUGGACAAGUGGGAGCGUCUCACAGUAGCUGAUGCAUUGGAGCCUGUCCAGUUUGAAGAUGGACAAAAGAUUGUGGUGCAAGGAGAACCAGGGGAUGAGUUCUUCAUUAUCCUAGAGGGCACAGCUGCCGUCCUGCAGCGUCGGUCAGAAAACGAAGAGUUUGUUGAAGUGGGACGACUGGGGCCUUCGGAUUACUUUGGUGAAAUUGCCCUACUGAUGAAUCGUCCUCGGGCUGCCACUGUGGUUGCGCGUGGCCCUUUGAAGUGCGUUAAGUUGGACCGACCUCGUUUUGAACGUGUCCUUGGCCCAUGCUCAGAUAUCCUCAAGCGAAACAUCCAGCAGUACAACAGCUUUGUGUCACUGUCUGUCUGAGAUCUGCCUCCUGUGCCUCUCUCUUCUCCCCAGUCCAUGCUUCACUCAUGCAGACUGCUUUCUCUUCCCUAUCUGCAGCGCCAAGUGGCCACUGGCUUCACAGCUUCUUGUCUCUUUAUACUAAAAGUUGCUUUACUGCACCAUUUUUCAUUUGGAGCAUUAAGUGAAUGCUCACUGACAAAUAAAUAGAGAGUUCCAUGGA